AUGGAACAAAACACGCAAGAACACCAACCUGGCAGUAUUAAUGAUAAAAAAUACUUUGAAGUUCAUAAACAAUGGAAUGAUUCAUCUGACCUCGACUUCGACUCGCAACAACAAAUUAUUUGUCAUAAUCUAACAGAAGUAUAUGAAACGCCAUUAUUUGACAAUAACAAUACUUCCAUAAGCACAACAUCUAAAACGGAAUUUCCACUCUCAAGUCAACGACAAAAUCCUCAAGAAUCCACCUCAUCAUUUUCCUAUUCCUCUUCUUCCUCUCCCGAUUGGGAUUUGGAGUCAAUCUGUUCAACUGCGUCCAGCCAUUCAACAAUAAAAGAAGACGACAAUAACAAUCAAGAAUAUUAUUACCAAAAUGAUGCAUUAAGCCAAAAUUCUUAUACCACAAUCACCUCCGAUUCUACCAUUACCACGCCCACACAAUCAUCACAAUUCCAGCCCCAAAAAUCUCGUUAUAUUUUCUUUGCAGGACAGAUAAUCGCUCCUGGGUUCACUUUUUUCUCGAGAGUCACCCAAAAAAGCAAUAACGACACGAAUUCAAUCUCUCAGAAAAGGAACUGUAAAAGUAUUUCAAAGCGAAAAAGCGUGUAUCCGGUUAGAUCACCCGACAAAGUAGAAGACGGGACGGGCGUAUAUGCUACUUGUUGCGUUUACGAAAUAUUUCAAAAUGAGCCAUUGAAGUUGUUGGAUCGUGUAAAGAAACCUACGUUGCCGUUGUCGAUUGCCAAAAGAUUAAAAUCGAGAUCUGGAAUGAAGAAAAAGCUCACUAUUAAAAUGUCUCGUGGUGUUUCUUUAAUUGAUGAUCUUAAAUCAAUUCUUAAUAAUCAACAAUUCAGCGAUAUUAGAAUCAAAUGUUCCGAUAACCAAAUUUUGUAUGGAAGUCGUAUACAUUUGGCAGCUCGAAGUGAAGUAUUUAACCGUAUGCUUAAUAAUGGAAUGAGCGAAACCGAUGCGGCGGAAAUAUCAUUUCAAGAAAUAUCGUCUACUACCAUGAAGAUUGUGUUAGAAUUUUUGUAUACAGGCGAUAUUGAUAAAAAUACCUUGAAUUUUAAAAAUGUGAUCGAUGUACUUUGUGCGGCGAACUUUUUACUUUUAUCAACCAUGGAGACAAGGGUUUCUGAAUUGAUUUUAAGUAUGCUUUGUGAAGAAAAUGAUGAUACGAAAGCUAUCUGUCUUUAUUCAUCGAUAGUUACUAAGUAUGGAACUGAGAAGCUUGACAAGGGAAACUCUCUUAUCAAGACUGUUUAUGAAAGAGUGAUAAAGAUUCCUUUCGAUUCAAUCCCAUAUAAUACGAUUUCAUUCGAUGUUUUGAAAUCGCUUUUAUCACAAUCUAUUGAGCAAGGUGAAAAUUUUGUGACACCAGAGUACCAAGUAUUUCGCUAUGUUGUUUUAUGGGGAGCAAAUAAUAUUUCUUCAAAGGCGUUUGGAAUAUUUUCAAAAUUAUUGCCAAAAUGCAUAGAAGAAUUCUGCACGGAAGUAAAUCCUGAUGCCUAUAACCAUUCUGUAGAAAUUUCGAUAAGUGAUUUAAGAAAUCAAUUGCUCGAUGAAAUUGGACAGUUACUUCCUUACAUCAACUUAAAACUUAUUUCCAUCAAAAUAUUAGGUUUUAUCAUUGAUCCACUUAAAAUUUUCGCAAUGGAUCAACUGAUGGAAGCAUACCGAUUUCAUGCGAUCUCAUCAAGCAAUCUCUCAAGUUCACAGAGAACAUAUGAAAAAUAUCAAAUUUAUGUGCCACAAAGAGUCAAAGAUUUAAAAUGGCGCAAAGAAGCAGUUUGUUAUGCUAUCAGCGAAGAUGGAUCUGUGGUCGAAUCUAAAAAUGAAGUUAAUGGAGUAUUAAUUCGAACUGAACAAUGUCUUACUAAGAAAGAUAUAUAUGAAUGGAAAAUAUUAAUUGAGAAAAUGUUUAAAAAGGAAAAAAUUUUGGUUGGUCUACACAAAGAACCAUCAACACGAUUUAUAGAUCUAUUUGUUUCUAAUGGGCCAAUCUGCAGUAUAAGCUCUGAAAGUUUUAAGGAAGGAGAUGUUGUUACAGUACACGUGGACAUGAUAAGCAAGACUUGUGCGUUCUCGAUUAAUUCUGAAAGAUCAGGAGUAUCUUUUCAUGGUUUACCAGAUAAAGUUUAUCCUUUUUUAAAAAUGGUAGGAAAAGGAAAAGUUUGUACUUUGUAUAAUUAG